GUGAGAUAGCGCUAACCAAGAGCGGGAUGGCGUGCAUUUGCUGUGCCACCUUCCAAGUCGUCUUGGGAUGGGGUCUUCGUCCCUUGCCUCUCAUCACAGGCGCGACACCCCAUACCUCAGUGAGCUCACGUUGCUCCAAAGACGAUACUUCUGCCACAUGCGGCUGCUUAAUACCUCCACGUUAGAGGCGCAAGAAUUCCUGGAAAGCCGAGUGCCCGAGUACGUUAUCCUCUCUCACAUUUGGAGGGAAGAGGAAGUCACUCUUCAAGAUCUUUUGUCUGGCAAAGCACCCGCGAGGAAAGGCUAUGCAAAACUUACGGGCUGUUGCAAGAAAGCGAAAGUUGAUGGGUUCGCAUACUGUUGAAUUGACACUUGUUGCAUCGAUAAGACUUCAAGCGCUGAGUUAUCCGAGGCCAUCAACUCCAUGUACCAAUGGUACAAGAACGCCCGCGUUUGCUACGCCUACCUAGAGGACGUUUUCCAGAAGCCCGGAACGGAAGAUUUCAAAGCUUUCCGCGAUUUGAAGUGGUUCACGCGAGGGUGGACACUACAGGAGCUCAUCGCGCCUUCAAUUGU